CGCGCGCUGACACGUGCGCUCAUCGGUUACUCGGCGGAUGUGCUGCUCUUGCCUGCUAAUAUCCUCGACCAGCCCAAGCAACUGCCAGGCCUGCAUUGACUUCCUGACGGAUUACUGCAACUUUGUAGCUCGAGGAGCAACUUAAGGUCAGCCAUAACCUAAUGACCCAGCAAGAGCAGCAUGAGUUCAGGGAAAGUUUGGCAGAAGCCCUUUCCUGGAUGCAGGCCGUCCAGGAGAGGCUUAAGCAAAACGAUAACACCCAAGGACCCAGAUCAGCGCUGGAGGUCAGGCUCCGAGAAACAGAGAAAAUUCAUAACUCCGAGCCUGAAGGCCAUUUAAAGAUGGACAGGGUGCUGGUGGCUUCUGAAGCUCUGCUUCGAAAUGGAGAUGAAGAGAUGAAGAAUCAGACUCUUUCGAAACUCAAAGAAAUAAAAGCACUCUGGGAGGAGACGUCAACCUACAUCAUUCAUUGUCACAGUCGUAUCGAGUGGGUGUGGCUGCACUGGAGUGAAUACCUGAAGGCCUAUGAGGAGUUUGGGAUGUGGCUGGAGAAGACGCGCAGGUCUCUGGAGCCCCUGCUUGAGAUGCAGCUAGGUCUCCAAGAGAAGCUGUGGCAGGUGGAUCAUCUGCGGGUCCUUCACAGUGACAUUCAAGGCCAGGCUCAGUUUCUGGAGAGACUUCUGGAUGAGGCUGCAACCCUCUUCAACCGUACUGAAGACCCUAGUGUAGAUGAGAAGGCUCAGCAGGGUCUUCAAGAUGCCUUUGACCACAUUCGAGACCAAGCACAGGAAAGAUUAACAUUGGCACAGAAAAUAACAGAGGAGCACCAGCAGUACCAAAGUUGCAUUGAUAAAUUUCAAACCUGGCUGAUGUCUAAAACAGAAGAAGUCAGCCGUUUCAGCGACAUGGAGGAUACGACACAAAAUAGGCUGAAAGCCCUGCAGGAACUGAAUGCUAGUAUAGCAAAAGAAGAGCUCACUCUCCACCACAUUGAAAACCUGUCUGAAGCUGUGAAGGCCAACACGUCUCCAGCAGGUGCAGAGAAGAUCACAAUAGAGAUGGAGGAGUUGAGGCAGGCCUGGCAGAGCUUACGCCAAGCACUGCUGGAGAAUCAAGAAGAGCUCCAGUGCUCACUGGACUCUGAGAGCGAGUAUUCAAACCGUUGUAAGGAGCUGUGGGCAGACCUGGAGCAGCUUCGAACCUUGGUCCAGAACCUCAGCAGUGAUCUGGAAAGCAGGGAUGGAGAGAGGACUGAAGAAAAUAUGGUAGCUCAAUGGAAGACGCACACGGGAGUGCGCAACAAGCUCACUGCAGAGGAGCCCAGGGUGGAACAGCUGAAAUCCCAGUUGAAAGAGCUAUUCCGAUUCCCACAAGACUCCAAAAGCCUGUCUGAUGAGAUGCUAGCAGUGGUAAAAGAGUACCAGAGUGUGAAAGGCAGAUCUUUCAGGCUGUCCUCUGAGAGUGAGAUGGCUCUCCGGCAGAUACUGCAGGAUCCUCUGUAUGGCUUCAGCCAAUGGAGUCAGGUGGUUUCUCAGGUCCUGGAGCCCUCCGCCGAGGUGACCGAUUUCUCCCAAAUUGCUCUGCACGUGCAGCAUAUAGAGAAGUUACUUAAAAACAGCGUGCAGCUCCAGGAGCGCUUGAGUUUGCUCCAGGUGAAGAGCGAUCUGCUCACCUCAGUUUUUGGCCAAGAGAAAGCUGACGAUCUGUUGGAAGAGCUCAGCGGGGAUGUGAGGAAGAGAGAGUUACUCCACAGCCAGCUCCUAAAGCGCAAGAACCGCCUGCAGGGUUUAAUAUCAAAGACGAAGGACUUUUCAGAUGCCUAUGACUCCAUACACAAAAAACUAACCUCCAUAAAGGAGCGGUUCAUCACGACGGAUGGACUUCAACCUGACAUUCUUGCCAAGAAGACCCAGGCCGACCAACUCCGGGUCAUUAGAAAGGAUUUGGAAGAUUGUGAAGCCCAGAUCAUAGCUCUUGAGACGCUGGUGUCGUCCAACCCUGCAAACAGUUCAAAAUUUGAACGUCUGUAUGCAGACUGGAAAGUUCUUUAUAAGGGGGUUCGGAAAAAGGUGAAUGAAAGUGAGGAGAACAUUGCAGAACAUGAGAGUUUCCAUGACAAUAUUCUGAAUAUGGAGAAGUGGUUAAUGAUCAUGAGACAGAAGCUAGAGUCGUUUCGUGGAUCAGAUGGAGAAUGGAGCAUCGAUAACCGCCAACAUGAGGCUGAGAGGGCGCUAGGAGAAUUUCCAGAGAAGGAGCUUCAGCUUCAUCAGACAGAGGCUCAGGGUCAGACUGUGCUGGCCAGAACUUCUGAUAAAGGCAAAGUUCACAUCCAGCAAGACCUCAAACGCCUCCGAGAGACAUGGAUGUCCCUCCACAUGCUUAGUCUCAAUCUUUACAGGCUUCUGAAUGAACAUGCAGCCACAGGCGACCAAGAUUACCUAUUACAGAGAACUGAGUUCUUGGACAGAUGGGCAGAAGGAACGGACCAGCAUCAGAGAUCCUGCCAUGGAUCAGAUUCAACAGGCCACCCAGAACCAGAAAGAAACAUGGAAGCAAAUCAGGAUCGAAUUCGAAUUGUGCUUCCUAAAGGCAAGUCAAGACCAGGAGGUUCAGAGGACUGGAGAGAGUGGACUUACCAAGACCAGUCCAUGGAUGAUGAGGUGGAUGCAGUCAUAUCUGGAAGUGACCAUAAGGUGAACAGGAAGCGGACUGGGAUUAACGAAGGUGACAUGAUCAGUAGUGGAGGUUGGACUGGAGAAUGGGUUGAACAACACAAAGCUGGUUCUGGGAUUGAAGACCUGGAUAUAAAAGAUAGAUACAGCUUUUUAAGUGGGAUUGACUCUGAUGCACAGAAAAGGAUGCGGUCGUCACACAUCCCCCCUGAUGAAAUUGAGAUGGGCUCUCAGGGGCCCCAGCAUCAUGCUGAUAUGGAGGCCCAGAGGAGGGAGUUUGAAGCGUGGCUUCGCAAGGAAAAUGACAAUCUCACAGGAAUUCUAAACUACCAGAGAUCCUUGAGUGAUAAAGAACUGAGGAUAAGACAGAAUACACUCAAGGGUUUACGUGCCAAUGUAGCUUGGGGCCAGAGUCAGUUCCAGAAGUUGAUUGUCAGCCGGCAGAGUAAGUCAGCAGAGGAGGACGUGGAACUUGAAGAGCUGCGUUACCGCUGGAUGUUAUACAAGUCCAAACUUAAAGAGGCAGGUGACCUCAAAGGUCUGCUGAAAAACAAGAGCGUCCAUGGACAGGGACAGGAGCAUGUCCGAUCUGGAAAGGGUAAGAGUGGUCUCAGCUUCCUGUACCGUGUCUGUCGCGUGGCUCUUCCUCUUCAGCUCCUGUUGUUGGCCCUGCUGCUGCUGGCCUUCCUGCUGCCCAUGAUGGACGAGGGCACCAGCUGUUCACUGUCCAACAACUUCGCCCGCUCCUUCAACAUCAUGCUCCGCUAUGACGGACCUCCGCCCACUUAAGCGUCAACAAUCGAAAGCAGCUUUAAAAAAAAAAAUUGCAAUCUGUGCUUGUUUAUUUAACAAAUACUUAUAUUUUUUAUCAGUUCCGUUAAUGUUUUAUGUCGUUAUAUUCUUGGUUCUCAUCUGGUCUUGUUCCACUGUACACCCACCGGUGGACCCAGCAGAUCAGAAAGCUCUGUGUGUGUGUGUCUGUGUGUGUGUGU